CUGCGGCUGUGUGCGGAGCGUAGAGCGCUGAGCGUGUGUUGUGCCGUGUCCCUCCCGUUCUUGUUCAUGGAUUACGUUCAUGGAUUACCGUCGUCGCGUCUGCCCGCAACUGGCAGACGGGUGCCGUGCAGCUAAACUUGUGCAGGUCACCAACCAGCGCUGUUCAUGUUUUGGAUCAAGUUUCAGAAGUACCGUGAUAUAGCCAGGUCACUCUUGGAACCUAGUGGCUGCGGCGGCGCGGCCAGUCAGCAAGUCUGCUGUAAGCAUGCCUUUCAUUGACGACGACCUGCUGUGGUGCCCUGACAACGACGGCAAGAUGGUGGACCUGUCACAAUGCUUGGAUUCUGGAAAUCAGCAGGAAGGAGGGGGGACUGGCCUGGGUGAGCUGUCACAGCAGGAUCUCUCAGGACUGGUAGGAGAAUUUGAGGAGGAGGUAGAUGAUGAUCUGUUCAAGCAAUUGGGAGACACAACAUUUGAGUUGGAUACAUUCUUCCCCGACUUUGUUGACAAGGAAGAAAACAACAACAAUGUGUCCCCAGGUUCUGCAGAAUCAGUCAAUUCUAGUAACGCAAACAAAAGUGCAGUUGCGCGUAAGAUGAACAUUAUUGCUGCAAACCCACUGCUCGCAGAGAAACUGUCAGCCCCUGCUCCUGCCCCCAACCCCGCCCCUGUGUCAGCCUCUGCUUCGGCUUCUGCCCCUGUGUCAGCGCCUAGCUCCAUAGCUCCUCCAGCAGGCAUACCAGCCAUCCCACCGGUUCCUCCAGCAUGCACGUAUGCUCGGGUCAAGACUGAGCUCCUACCAGGUAAAGGUAGUUUGAGCACAAUCCAACUGUCAAAACAUCAAGAACAGUUCCAUUUUUGUAAACCAGAAUAG